UGUUAGGUUCUGAAUGAAAGAUGAAAAUACGUAUUUUCUGGACCGGACCAAAUCUGAACCAAACAUAGACAUCUAUGAUUGGUUCGGACCAGACCAAAAAUCAACAUCUGUGGACAUUGAAAUCAAGGCUGGUCCAGACCACACCAAACAACGCAGGCCGGUCUGGACAGGACCCCGAAAAAAGACGUCCUAAAGAAGUCGGUCCAUGCUUAGUGGGAACUGAGUAAGGGGAGAAGCUUGUAGGCAACAGUCACUUUUCAAGACCAGUCCACAGAUGGUAGACUAUCUCAUCGAACACUUUUAGGCCAGUCUUAUUGUACGCUAAAGAAAUACCAUGGUGGCGUCCAGCUACCUACUUUUAAGGUAGCUGACACGGGACAGUGAACAGACUCACUAAGAUGUAGCCAAACUGUAAUUUACGCGCAGCGCUCAAUUUUUCAAAAUGGACACUAAUGAAUGAUGAGAUGCUAUGACAAUAGGAGUGCCUAUUCAAUUUAAGGAUUUCUUAUUCAUUACACGUUUUGCGCCAUAGCUAUGUAUAAUUUUUUCAGGAGAAAGAGGGUAUUGAAAACUCUCCUGAGCUUGUCUCUAGUUUUUGCGUCUUUAUUGAUGAUCCAAAAGUUCAAACUUGUGGAUAAUAGCGUCAAUGAUGGUAUGGAGGUUAAGAGCCUGGGAGACGCCGGUUGGUGUGGACCUGAGUGUGAUUUCUACAAAGGAAAAGGCACAUUGAAAAGCAGUUUUGCAAACUACUCACCGCCUGUUCUUGGUGAUGAUUUGGAUGCGCCACGGGUGACCGUGUCCAACGCUACUGCGGCUACUUGGGAUGUACACGUUAUGAACUGCAGUGAAGAUUCAUCCGUGAGGAAAAAUGAUUGGUUUCGACGUUUGGAUCCGAGGUUCCACCAGUUUGUGUUACACAGACAUUGUCGGUAUUUCCCAAUGUUAAUAAACCACCCGGAUAAAUGCAGGAAUGGAGACAUACACUUGCUCAUGGUAGUAAAAUCCGUUGUAGAGCAGCAUGAUAGGCGAGAGGCCGUGCGUAAUACCUGGGGUAGGGAACAGACAAUUGAUGGUAAGAGAAUAAAAACGCUGUUUCUUCUAGGAAGCCCUACAAAUGGUAAAGACACGAAAAACCUUCAAAAGUUGAUUGAGUAUGAGGACAUGAUAUAUGGAGACAUUCUUCAAUGGGAUUUUAUGGACACAUUUUUCAACCUCACCUUGAAAGAGGUGAAUUUUCUGAAAUGGUUUGAUAUUCACUGCUCCGGUGCCAAAUUUAUAUUCAAAGGGGAUGACGACGUUUUCGUGAAUACAAAUAACUUACUGGAACUUAUUGGUUUCAAGACUGAGGACCGCAAAGUGCUCAACUUAUUUGUUGGGGACACCAUAUCCAAAGCCAUCCCCAUCAGAAACCAUCAAAGUAAAUACUACAUCCCCAAAGAGCUGUUUGACAAACCGUACCCACCUUAUGUUGGUGGUGGUGGGUUUUUAAUGUCCUCACAAUUAGCUCGGAGACUGUUUGUGGUUUCAGAGGACUUGGAGCUCUAUCCCAUUGAUGAUGUGUUUUUGGGAAUGUGCCUCCAGAAGCUACACUUGACUCCAGAGAUGCACCCAGGUUUCAGGACCUUUGGCAUCAUGAAACGCAGAGUGAGUCCAAUGAACAGCGAACCGUGCUUUUUCAAAAACCUCAUCGUAGUCCAUAAAUUGAGUCCUCAGGAGCUACUCAGGAUGUGGAGUGUAGUGGAAAAUAAGGAGCUGGUUUGCGCAAAAGAAACUGCACCAUGAUUGUCAAGCUAAAGCUCAGUGUGACAAAGGUUAUGCAAAAAAUAUUGUCAAAUUGUUACAUGUAAUUGUAAUAUGUGUAUGUAGGCCUAGUAGGGCACACUGCUGUCACUAAAAUAUCCAACUAAGAAAGACAAUGUGAAAAUAAUGACAUUCUUUCGUUCUCACUGACCUGUUUGUUAAUCUUUCAAUUUUGUCAUGUUUAUUGUAAUGUCAAUAAGUAGGACAACCAAAUUAGUAAGUGUACAUGCCUUAUGUCUAUACUAAAUUAACCACUUUUUCAGCAAACUCUGUAAAUAUAUGGCAGCAUUUAACACUGAAACACCUUUUUAAUGCCACAGUUUAGUGCCUUUGAGUUGAGAUUAGGGAUGUGUUAGUAACUAAAAAGGUUACAUGAAAAUAUAAUUUGAUAAAUGUUUGCCAUAGAUUCUAGAACAAAUAUUUAACUAUAUUUUAAGAGUCACAACUAGCUUUUGUUUUGAUGUUUGUAACAGAUUCAUUAAAUAUGUUUUGUUAUAUCAGUGUUUUAAUGUGGCUGAGGGCUGGGUAAGAGUUGAGGGCUGCUGGGUGGAUAACAUAUACUGUAAUUGUUGGUGUAAAAGAUUGCAACAGGUGUCUGAAAUACAUAUUUGUAUUAUCUCAAACAAACCAGAGUAAGAGACAUAGAUGUUUCAAUCUGCGCACAAAAUGGUUGUAAAUCAAAUAUGUAUGUACAGUCAAUACUGAUUGAUUUGUACUGAAAAUCCACAAGGAAAAUAUAUACACCAGUGGAGGCUGCUGAGGGGAGGAUGGCUCGUAAUAAUGGCUGGAAUGGAGCAUAUGGA